AUGAAGGUGAGUAGCCCCUGUGGGACUGGAUCACUGUCCACCGUGCAGAACAAUCGAUUCGGUGCUAAUUUCGUCUCUCCUUUACAAAAAGCGACACAUCGAGAGCAUGCGACACAAUCUUGUUCGUGGUUGGAACAGUGUUACGAAGUGGUCGUAUCGGCACCCAGCGUGGACACCAGUUUAUCCCUACCCAUUGACGGUGGUUCAGAUGCUGGAAUGUUUUGUGUGAUUGGCAGUCAACUAGAUCAUACACGUCUGAUACAGCAUCACAUCAGUGCGGGUAACUCGGCAGAGCGCAACACUGGUAGUCCACGUCAAAUCCAACCAGGCGAUAUUAUUCUCGCUCUGAACGAGUAUGAAAUUUCGGGCUACACACGACGUGAUGCGGUGGAACUGUGUGACACACUCACGCGUAUUCCCGUUGGUGCCGCGUCCACACCCCGCCGACUCCGUAUUCGUCUAAGUCCUCCGCAAGCUUUGGCCACGGGAAGUACUAUGUUAUCCAGUUUCCUCGCGGCCGCAUUCCCUCUAAACUCACCGGAGUAUUCACUUCAAGAGAAAAUCCGCGAAAAUGUGUAUCAACGUGUUGUUCCAUGUAAGUGUUUCUGA